CAAAAGUCCGAUGUAAGCUAAACACUACUCUACUACGUGUGCACUUUGAUCAUCAUCAUCAUCUUCAUCCAUCAAAAUCCCCCAAAUUUCAAAACCCUAACUUUAAUUUCAUCAAAACCAUCAUUUGAUCAAUUGUCAAUGUCACCAAGAACAAUAUCUAAUUCACGUCACGCAAUUGACACGUGUACAUUCCAGCUACACAGCUGGCGACCAUUUCAUCUUGUUCAGAAAACCACCCAUGAAACCAAGAUUCCCGACAACAACCUUAACAACAGCAACAACAACAACGCAAAUUCUAAAUCUUGCUCAAAACCCAACAAACGUGCGUGUUUAUCUGACCGAGCAAGUUCAUUUUCUAUCGAAAAUCUCGACAUGUCGAAACUUUCUUUAUUCGAAGACGACGGUUCGGCUAAAUCGAGACGAGGGAGGGCACAUUGGAUGGCUAGAAAGAGACGUAGACGCGGGUCGAGAUCGGUUUCGGGUAGAAGCUGUUCUGUUGGUGGUGGGUGUGUUUCGAAUGCUUAUGGGACGUGUUCGGAUUUUAUGAUGGCGAAUAACGGUGGCACGGAUUCAAGUGGUGAGCUUUUUGUUAACAUUAAUAGUUUUCAUAAUAGUUAUAAUUAUAGUAAUGAUCAUAAUGAUAAUAAUGUUGAUCAUAGUAGUAAUAAUGGUAAUGGUGGUGAUGUGAAUGGGGAAUUAUCGGAUAAUAGUGAGAGUAGGACUAUUUUGAAAAAUGGAAAUGGAAAUGGAGAUAGGGAAGGAUUGAGUUCGAGUAAUGUGAUUGGAUUUAACGGAAUGCAUUGUUAUCAUUAUAAUGGAAAUGGGAAUGGUUUGGAUAGUCAAGGAAAUGAGUCAGGGUAUGGAAGUGAACCGGGGUAUAGAGGUGAUGCGGAGUUUGGAUACGGGGAUGAGUUUGAUGAAGAAGAGGAUGAUAAUCGGGUUUUGUUUUGGGGUAAUCGAUUUGGAGAUGCGGAAAAAAUGAAGAUAAUAGGUGAGAAUACAUUGCAGAAAGCUCAUCACAGGUGUCGACGCAAGAAACAUGAGCUUAGAAUGGUUGAUGCUGUUUGACGACAUGAGCUUUUGGUAAUAACUAUAUAUGUGCAAUUAUAAAGGAUUAUUAUUGUAAUGCAACUAUCAGAAGACAGUUAACACUUGUUAUUUGUGCAUACUUGAACUUCAUUUUUUUAUCGUGUGGGAGAGGUUGCCUAAGAUCCUCCAGCAGUCAUUUUACUAUAGUCUAAUUUUUGUGGCACUAUGUAAACUUAUCUUAUUGGCAAGAGAACAUUGUACUGAUUUGGUAAGACUUUCUUUUAUUUUUUUUUAAAUAACGAAUUAAGGAUGUUGUCUGA